AUGGGGACCACCAGGCCCUACCUGGUAGUUCAACACGAAAGGGUUUACAUGCAAAUCUUCCGUGUUCAACACACGUGUAAGAAAAGAGGACUGCGGAAAGAGCCUACUUUUGGCGGGGUGGUCUGUUGGAGUCGCAGGAGGCUACCACUCUGCCCGAUCAUUCAACAUGAAAGGGUGGCUAGGGUCAAUAUGUCAGAGAUUGCCUGCGAACGUCAUAUGAGCAAAAUUGAUAAUUUCAUACUGAGCGCAAACCUUUGUCGACCAUAUACUGGGAUUAGCAAGUUUUUCUCUGAAACCACCUUAAAGUGGUGGACUAAAAUUGGAGAUUUCACAAAAUUUACGUACAAGAAGGACCCAACGUUAACAGCGCAACAAGUAUUUAAUCAAUAUAUUCGAAACCUCGGUGAUAUUGCAGCCAUCAAGCAAAUUGAUCCCUAUGUUGUACAAUACAUCCAUAAUCUUCGUAAAAAUAUUAUUAAAACGGAAUAUAUGAAAAUUAUUGGAGAUACUCUGAUUGAAAUCAUACGCGAAGAUGCAAAACAAAGGAGAAGAAAAACUAAACAAACCAGAAAAGACUUUACAAACGCAAGAGAGAACGAUGUUGAGAAUCGGAAAGAUGCUGGGUAUAUAAAUAGUUAUAAUGUGAAUGAUGAAAUAGAUGAUUUCUUUCAAAACAAGCCUGAAAAAAAAUCAACCAAGAAACGGCGGAAGUCAAGCGAUGGACGAAGUUCAAGCGAAACGGACAACGAGAAAUACAAAGAUGAGUCUGAAAAAGAAAAUGAUUAUUCAGGACUUUAUCCCUUAGGUCAACCCGCAACUGAUACCGAAGGUCAGAGUCCUCCACUGUUGAUAGUGUCAGAAAAAAAUGAAGCUCUUUAUUGCCUCAAUUGUUACACAGAGAUUAGUAACUUUAGCUCAAUCAUAAUCAUAUUUUGUCCGUACUGCGGAGCAAAGAUUGUAUCGCCUGAGGAUGAAUCUGAUACGGAUGAAGAAAAGGACACGGAUGAUAGGGACGGAGAUGAUACCCAUCCAAAAGUCGAUAAGGUUGCCUUUCAAAUGGCUUAUGAGGCUAUCCCAGAAAAUUCGAAGUUGCGGUUGAGCACAGGCACAAUAGUGGAGGAUGUUCUCUUCGAAUUUGCCAAGGACAUGGACUAUGAACAUCAUGCCCAUUCAUACAUUGUUGACAUUGACGAUGAGGAUAUUAAAGCGUUAUUUGACGAGGAGGAAUGGAAAGAAUUAACAAAAGAUCGGAUUGGGGUUCCACUAGUUCCACAUGACAUUGCAAAAGAACUAACGAAGUACGGAAAAAAAACAAUAAAAGAAUUACGUGCUGUAGUAAUGACUCCAUACCUCAAAGAAAAGGAAGAAUAUGAUGUCAACAAGCAUUACGAACUAGAAUGGAUCCAAAUGGCAUUGCGAACACUUUGCAGCCUGUAUGAAAAUGUGGAUGUUCCAUUAAUUAGUAGCCAAUAUGAAGAUUGGUUUACGGUUGCACUUUUUGGAACGUGCAUUGAUUUCUGCAUUAGAGAUAUUCAACUGGGUACCGACAUUAAAAGAACCGACGCGCCAUCUCUGAGUAGUGCAAACAGGAAGCACCGUGAUCGAAAAGCAAAUACACAUACAAGAAAACUUAUUGGUCGCAAAAUCGAUGGAAUAAUAUAUACCGUUGACGAACUUCUUGAAGUUGGUGCCAUCGAAGGAGCAAGAUCCUAUUUAGGAGUUUCAGAUCGGAAAUAUCUUAUCGAGACUUUUAAGAUGCCGAAGACCCUCCGCGACAUGUAUGCAGAUCUAAUGAAGGCCGUAGAUUAUGACGAUCAAAAAGCAAAUAAAAUCCAAGUGAUUGGCAUUUUACAUCUCGGGUUAUGGAUUCAAUUCGCUAGGUUGUGGCGUGCCGGUGGGUCGAUUUGCAUUUUUUGCAAAGACCCUCAAUCUUAUAAUGUAGAUAGCAAGUUUUCAGAAAUGGGGAUAAUAUCCUUUCUCAAGCUCCUAGUAUCAAUUUAUCAGCAUAAGAUUAUAAUAAAGAACAACCUGCAAGUCCUAAAUACUCGGAACAAUACUAAGCCAGUGGAUGACUUGUUUAAUGAAUUGACAAAA